UCGAGAUUAGGAGCGCGAUCAAGGCGGAAGUAGCGUAGCGCGUGGGCGGGGCCAGCCGCAGUCAUGUCGGCGGCCUUGCUGCGGCGGGGUCUGGAACUUCUGGCGGCGUCGGAGGCCCACCAGGCGGCGCCAAGCCAGGCCCAGCCGAGUGGGGCUCCGGUGAAGCGGGCCCGGAAGGCGAAGGCGGCCCAGAAACUGCGGAACUCGGCUAAAGGAAAGGUACCCAAGUCGGCGCUGGCCGAAUACCGGAAGCGAGAGUGUCGAGACCACCUCAAAGAAAACCUGAAGUUUAUGGCUGGCACAAAGAGCACCUUGGCAGAGUCAGUGACCCAGCAGAUUCUGCGGCAGAACCGGGGCCGCAAGGCCUGUGACCGGCCUAUGGCCAAGACUAAGAAGAAGAAGGCUGAGGGCACAGUGUUCACAGAGGAAGACUUCCAGAAGUUCCAGCAGGAAUACUUUGGCAGCUAGGCUUCCUGGAGGGUCUGUGGGAGUCCAGCCUCCUGGACCUCACUUCUUAUGCCACCAGGCAACCCAUGCAGGGCACAGGGCCAGCUCAAGGAAGCCCCGGCACUGGAUUUCUGGAAGUCUGGAAUGGAGCUGGGAGCUGCAGGGCAGAUUUACACUCAGACUGGAGGUGGUAUCUUCUGCAGGCUUAGGAAGAGCCAUCUCGUGUGGCAUCGGGCUGUUUGCUAUGGUCCAAGGCCAGGUCCUGGGUCCUCCGGGGAAGGCUGCUGCGUAGAUUUCUGGGUGCUAAUAAACAUGGGAGCUGUGUCUGCUGAUGAUCUGACUUGUGGGG